UCUACUUUCUAUUCCUGCAGGUUUCUUCACAAGGUCCAUUAUUUGGAUUUCCGGUUAUACACCUUAUCCCUUGUUUUCGGCAGUAACCUUACGGCACAAAUUGUGCGUUGGAAUCACAGUCUGGAUAGAAUUUCACUGCAUCAGCUCCUACAUGUGGAACUUUACCUAUGCUCUCGAUAUACUCCUGGCAACCCACAGUAAACCCAGGUGCGGAGGUCCAAAUGUUAACGAAGUGGCCAACUACCUGGCUUAUUUUCUACCCAUGCUUCUUGUCAUUGUCUGUAAUCCUUUCUUCUUCUACUACACUGCCAAAAAAGUGAAAUCCCUGGUAACACAGCAGCAUGGACGUUACUCUGUCCGGGAACAGGUCCUCGUUCACAGUGCCAAGGCUAAAUUUUCCAUGAUAAUUUUCGUCUUCAUUGCCUGGUAAUGAAUGUUAUUAUUG